CUAAUUGAAUGCUUUUAUUUACUAAUUAGCGUAGAUAAAUUAUCCCUUUCCAGCAAGAAGCAGACAAAUAACAGGUUAAUUUGAAGGCUAAAGCUUCGCGUCAAUGUGUGUCAGCCAAAGCAGGCGCUUUAUCACACACGGGUGAGAAAUGAAGUGUUCGAUUCAGUGUGGGGUCGUCUUUAGCCGGCAGAUGCGUAUUGUCAUUACGGCACGGCACGGCACGGCCAGGCGAAAGAUUUGCAAUUUUGACUACUUUCCUAAAAUAUUCGAAUCAGGUUUUCUUGUUUUGCUCCAGUUCUGAAAAUUGAAGCAGUCAAAUAGGAGAAGCUUCCUCUCAAAUGAAAACAAUAAACUCAUGAAAUGCGUGCAGUUUGCAUACUUAUUUGGUCAGCAGGCUGUAGCAGAGAACCGGUCUUGUGUGAAAAUUGUACCGGAAACACUGUGUGCUGGGCAAUUGUAAUAGGGUUUAGUUUGUUUUGUUGUAAAUGCUUGUAAAUGCGGGACAAAUGGCGGGUUUUCAUUGAAGAUAUAUAAUAAUUUUAAAUCUCUUUGGUAUUCUAUAUUUAAUGUUUUAAUGGAGGUCAAUACAAAAACGAUGAGAACUGAGCCGUCCUCUUUGACCUGACCAGAAUCCUCCUCGAAAAGCGAUUAGACCGUGAUGUUAAUGUUUGAAGGUAGGUAAAACAUGUUGGUUGGUUACUUGUUUGCAAUUGUGUGUGUUGGGGGAAAGCAAUCGUUCGCAGAUGGAUGAAUGGGCAGGGGAUGGCAGAGGCAGGGGAAGAGGCAGAGCCAAUGGCAGGGGCUCCAUCGAAUACAGAUUAACAGGAGUUGAGCAUGGCUUCAAAUUUGGAAUGCUUUCAUAUGUGUUAUCUUUUGCCACAUUUUUGUAUGUUUGCACCGCUCACACUGCAAAUUCUCACCAGAGGCAGAUAAAACAGAGUCUCAAUUUUCAACAGUACAGAGAUAUUGAACCACACCGGUUGCUGCUCGAUGGGACGAAUAACGCUUCUCUGGAACAAGACAAGAAGACCUUACUCAAAUUCAAAGUUUCACUGGAAAUUCAUAAUCCGUAUAAGGGAUACUUAUACCAAAAUUGGCUGGAAAAUGAUACAAGUCCAUGUAAUUGGACUGGUAUUACAUGCGAAUCUGUGGAGGGAGAGGGGGCGCUAGAACGCGUUACAGGCAUCAAUAUUGAUGGCGGUUCACUUGAAGGCCCCUUUUUCAGUGAAUUCUCGCUGCUCACUGCUCUGACCAGCCUCUCUUUGACAGAGAAUCAGUUUGGGGGUGAGAUUCCAGGGGAUCUGGGUGAUUGCAAAAGCCUUAAAAUGCUGAAUCUCUCCAGUAAUAAACUAGAAGGCACUCCAAAUUUUACAGCUCUCACCAAUCUUCAAUCUUUGGACCUCUCUUUCAAUCGUCUCAAUGGGAGUAUUUCCACUGUGGUACCCAAAAUAUGUGACAAGUUAACCUUGCUCAAUUUGUCUUCAAACAAUUUCACAGGAAGUGUAACAGAAGAUCAUCUGAAUUGUACCUAUUUGAAAGCUGUUGACCUUAGUGAAAAUGAGCUCGUGGGACCAGUGUGGGCAGGUUUUGGCAAUAUGGAAGAAGUCCUCCUUUGUUGUAACAACUUUACUGGUCCUAUUCCAGUGAAAGCUUUCAACGAGUCUUGCAGUUUGAGGAAAUUGGAUUUGUCAGAUAAUCUACUGACUGGACCAAUUCCUGAAAAUAUAUCCAAUUGCAGGGACUUGGUUCUUCUGGACCUCUCACAGAAUGAACUCUUUGCGAAAAUUCCUUCUCAAUUUGGUUUACUGGAGAAUCUGAACACUCUUGUUCUGCGAAAUGAUAAUUUGUCCAGUGACAUACCAGGGAACUUGACGCAGUGCAAGAAUUUGUCAUUUCUAGACCUGAGUGGCAACAACUUUGGUGGCAACAUACAAUCAAUAUUAGGAGAAUUUACAACUCUCGAAUUUCUUAUCCUCCAUGAUAAUUCCUAUGAGAGUAAUAUUCCAACUGUCAUUUUGAAGUUACCCAAGUUGAUAUCCUUGGAUGUUAGCAAUAACAAUCUCUCUGGAACAUUACCGGUAGAGCUAGGUAGUGUGCGAAAUCUAAAAUACCUGUCCGUGUCUGGCAAUAAAUUUGAAGGAAAUAUACCAUCUGAGUUGGGUCAAUUAUCUCAACUUCAGAUUCUUGAUCUUUCAUUCAAUUCAUUCACAGGUUCUCUGCCUCCAUCACUGGGCAAUCUCACUAAUUUGUUAUGGCUAACGCUGGCACAUAACAAUCUUACAGGAUCAAUUCCUCCUGAACUUGGUCAGUGCAAGAGUUUGCUGUGGCUUAAUUUAGCCUAUAACCAGUUGUCAGGAGGCUUCCCAGAGAAACUGAGUGGGAUGGGGAGCAAUCCCAAUGCUACAUUCGACUACAACAAGAAAUAUUUGAGGCAAAUACCAAGGCAAUCAGGAGAGUGUUUACCAUUAAAAAGAUGGUUGCCAGCUGAUUACGCACCAUUUACUUUCGUGUAUACUAUAUUGAACCGCAGAAACUGUAAGGUUUUUUGGGAGAAACUGCUUCAGGGAAAUGCUCUCUUCCCGAUUUGCCCUAAGGGUAACAUGGGAUCGGGUGAAGAGAAGUUCAUCAUCUCAGGCUAUAUACAACUCACUGGCAACAAUCUCAAUGGUUCUCUUCCUACAAGUAUUGGCAGGAUGGAUUUGUUCAGCCUUCUUCUUUUAGGGUUUAAUAAUUUUGCUGGUCAGAUUCCCCAAGAGAUUGCUCAUCUACCACUUUUUGGCCUCAAUGUUUCUUCCAACAAUUUCAGCGGUUCGCUUCCCUCCUCAUUGGGUGACAUCAAAUGUUUGCAGAGGUUGGAUCUUUCACACAACUACUUCAGCGGACAAAUACCAAGCUCAUUCACCAGUUUGAACUGGCUCACAUCAUUCAACAUCUCAUACAAUCCAUUGUUGACAGGAGUUGCUCCAUUUGCAGGGCAAUUUAGCACAUUUGAUGAGACUUCUUAUAUUGGAGAUGAUUCACUGUGCUUUUACAGCCCUCCAAGCAUGAGAAGCAACUUGAGCAAUUCAAGGUCAUGCAUAAACCGCCGGGCUCCUCCUGCAGGUGGGAAAAGGGGUUUUCACAAGGAGAAGAAUUCUAAGCAGAUAAAAAUUGUUGUGAUGGUCAUAGCCAUUUUAGCAAGCGUUGCUAUUCUCAUAUAUGGAGUGCUCACCUUUCUCUUUGUCAGGAGAAAUGUGCUACCAGAACGAGGAUAUAACUCAAUGGAUGGAACUGAAUUCAUUCUUAUGAAUAACAAAAGCAUUAGCAGUGACACUAGCAGCAGCAGUGGCAGUGGCUUAGACUCAAAUAUAAAGACUAUGCAUUUUUUCAGAGGUAAGCAUUUUACUUACACAGACAUUCUGCUAGCAACAGCAAAUUUCUCGGAUUCCUCUGUGAUAGGCAGUGGGGGAUUCGGCACAGUUUAUAAAGGAAGAAUGAGAGACGGAUCAAUAGUUGCAGUCAAGAAAUUGCAGCAGAAGGGACCCGAAGGCGAGAGAGAGUUUUUAGCUGAAAUGCAGACUCUGGGAAGUCAUGAAUUCCAUGAGAAUUUGGUUCCUCUGCUGGGCUGCUGUUUGUUUGGAACAGAGAAACUCAUUGUUUAUGAUUUCAUGAGUAAUGGUAGCUUGGAGGAUUGGCUUUAUGAAAAAAGUGGUGGGCGCAAUCGAUUGGAUUGGGUUACCAGGUACAAAAUCGCUUUGGGAACUGCCAAGGCACUCAAGUUCUUGCAUCACGAUUGCUCUCCUGCGGUAAUACACAGAGAUAUGAAAGCCAGCAACAUUCUGUUGGACAAGAAAUUCAAUCCUCAUGUCACAGACUUUGGACUGGCCAGAUUUGUGGAUGGGGCCGAGAGCUAUGUGAGCACAGUGGUGGCAGGGACACUGGGGUAUGUUCCACCCGAGUACUCCCAGUCUUGGAGAGCCACCACCAGGGGGGAUGUUUACAGUUUUGGGGUAGUGCUCCUUGAGCUUGCCACUGGAAGGAGGCCUCUUUCUCUCAACACUGAUGAUGGCAAUUUGGUUGAAUGGGUGAGCCUUCUUAUUUCAGCCGGUCAUGCCCCCCAAGCUCUUGAUCCAAUCUUGCUCCACCAAAAGCACCAGCCUCAGCUCAUCAGAUUUCUUCAUUUGGGUAUCAUCUGUACGCAGGAAUCUCCAGAUUCCAGACCCAGCAUGGAACAGCUCCUCAUCUCACUUGAAUCUCUUGCUAAUAUAUAAUUCAGCUUGGCGGACCUUGUACCAUUUUGCUUCACACAUAUGUACAUUUCUUUUCCUGUAUUGCUGCAUUCAGUAUCAUUAAAAAUCUUUCAUUUCUGUUUGAGGGUAUUUUUGAUUAUAAUUGUGUAAUCGUUUUUAAAAAUGGCUAUACAAUUAUAUCCAAAAACACUAUUAUGAACUGGAAAUGUGAUGUCUCUGUUCUUUCA